UUCAGGUCCGUAGAAAAGGCUCGGGGUGGGCUGUAGGUUAUAUCCGGAAGACAAAUGGGUUAAAUUAAACCAGGUCUUUUUCCAUGUUCGUCGAAAGAGGAUACCAACUUCAGCCUGUCUUCUUACUGAAAGCGUAUUUAUAUCAGGGACGACUCAAUGAGGAAACAGCGCAAGAAAUAGCAAAAAGUCCAGGGUGACAAGAGCAACAGCUCCUCGUUACUGUUCAUUACAGCCGGGCAAAGGCGGCGAAACAAGGCGAUCCUCGCUUGUAAAGGGUCUAUGAAAGAGUGAAGCAUGAGAUUAACAGGCCCCCUGCGAGCUGUGGCUGUGGUGCUGCUGGUGGGUCUCACCUGGCUACUGGCAAACACCUUAUUUGGAGGGGAGAGUGCGUCAUCUAUGCUGCAUUUCUUCAGUGGUACAAGUGAAGAAGCAACACCAGAACCCCGCCCACGAAAAUAUAAAUGUGGACUUUCAGCCCCUUGUCCUCCAAAACAUCUGGCUUUCCGUCUGGUGUCUGGUGCUGCCAACGUCAUUGGCCCUAAAAUCUGCCUAGAGGACAAGAUGUUAGUGAGCAGUGUGAAGAACAAUGUUGGCAGGGGACUAAACAUAGCCUUGGUGAAUGGGGUGACUGGCGAGCUUUUGGAGACGAAAACCUUUGAUAUGUGGGCAGGAGAUGUUUCUGACCUGUUGAAGUUUCUCCGGCCUCUUCAUGAGGGAACACUUGUGUUUGUGGCCUCCUUUGAUGAUGCAGCUACAAAGCUGAAUGAUGAGUCUCGACGGCUUUUUGAGGAGCUCGGGAGCACAGCAGUGAAGGAUUUGGCCUUUAGAGACAGCUGGGUGUUUGUUGGAGCCAAGGGUAUUGAGAAUAAGAGUCCCUUUGAGCAGCGUAUGAAAAACAGUAAAAGCAGCAACAAAUAUGAAGGCUGGCCCGAGUCACUGGAGAUGGAUGGCUGUAUUCCUCUGCGGCCACCACUGGAAAGUUAACUCUGCCCGGUACCCCUCAUAUGCAUUGCAACAGAACCUGGAGGAACUGUCAGAAGGUCCAGGAACUGCUUAAUGAGUGACAAAAUUCAAGCUCUGGACCACAAAUAACUUUUUUAUUUGUCCUCUCAUGGCAGAGGCAUGAGCUCAGUGCAAAGAUCGUCUUGACUUGAUAUAUUUAAAGUUGCUGAAACCUGCUGUAGAGGAUUUCUGAUUUAAGCUUUGUGAGCCACUUUUGAGCUGAAGUAAUGCUUUGGAAUCAAGUAAGAUUAUGUUAGGCUGUGGGAAACUUCAAAGUCCAACUCAGUGUUUCCAUUAUGAAAAUUACUGCACCUGAUAAGAAAAAAAAGAAAUGGAAAAGUUAGUAGCUCGAGGCAGCCCUAUACUCUCACUAUGCAAAUGUAUAGAGCUUUUGGACUUACGCAAUUCCUCUGCUUCCGCUCUCACAUGAAACAGUCUGUCAGUGUAUACAGCUUUGAUGAGAGGAUGAAGACUAAUUAUCUUGUUGGUUAUAAAAACCAGUGGACAAGUGUGGAUUAUAGAAAGAGCUAUCAGGUGAACUCAGUUGUCCUCCAAGUUUUAUGUCCACAUAUAUAAGACUAAACUUGAGAUUUCCUUUAAGUUGCUAUAAAUGUAUUUUUUUCCGUUACAAUAACAAAAUCAAUUGAUAAUGAUAAUGUUGACUGAUAAUGAAUGUUCUGCUGGGGUUAUGAGUGUGAUGGCAGAUGGAGAAAAGAGAGAGUGAGCAGAGAUAAAAUGCACAGGCUUUAGGGCUGGGUAAAUGCACACACUCACACACACACACGCAAUGUGUAUGAUACUUAUCAGGGAAAAGAACGUGCUGCCAGCUAGGCUGCAAACUUGCCAAUGACUUAAUUCAUAGUGCGCUCUGUACAUAUUUUCUUACAUUUCUUUUCCAGUAAGGCACCGCUUUUUUGACAUUUAUGGUGUGAUUUAUUCACUUCAGUCAUCACCCAGGUAUACUUUCACUGAGCGCUGGAAAAAAAUCUUAGAGAAAACACUGCAAGUGUCAGAUAACCAAAGUGUAACAGUGAUGAAUGGAUGAAUACAGCUAGAGUAGGUCUUCCAAAGCCAUUGUUGGAAAUAGGUACAUUUCUCUCUCUUCAGGACUGCCUAUAGGUUUAUGUUUUGUUUUUUGUACUUGAGCAACAGCAUAGAUAAGUGUUUAAUACUAUGAUGUAGAAAAAAAAUAAACACCUUAGUGGUUUCAUGCUGGAAACCCUAAUUCAGAGUAGAAAGAAAAACUGGGUCUGUGGACGUAUUUUAUAUUUCAUACUUUAAUAUAUUUUUGUUGUGUAAUGUAAAAUUCAUUAGUAAUAGUGCUUAGCUGCCAUUGUUUCCGUAGAACUUGAUGUACACUAGUUGUUGCUCAUCACAAGUUUACAGUUUUGUUUUUUUGUCUGUUUUUUCUUUUUAAAAUUAGUCUUUGUCAUUGUCCUUUAAUAAAACCAUUUAUUUUUAAAUACUUAAACAGAAAGCAAACUAUUUGUGUGGGUUCAUCACAACACAGCCGGUAGUUCUGAAGUUGUCCCAGGCCUGCAGGCAUCUUUACACUCUUUGCUUUGCUUAAAGACUAUUGGUAUGGUUAUUGAUUGGUUAUUUUUUCUUUCUUUUUAUGUUGAAUGGAUUAAUUUUGCUUCUUGAAAGUCGAAUAUGUAUAUAAAGUGUAAAGACCUAGUUCUUCUCUGUCGCUCUGUAUGGUUAAGUCUGUUUCAGUUGCCUUUCUGAAUUAGGUUGUGCUACCAAAGUGUAAUUUUUUUUCUACAAAAGAUUACAGUCUGUGCUUUUAUUGUGACAACAAUGAUGAUGAAUAAAGUAUGUUCUAAUA